GACCCGCUGGAAAUCAUUAAUGCGUUCAUCGUGAUUCUGGACAUAGUAGUGCUGAUGAUUUGCUUUCCAUCGUUGCUGCUUUGCCUUCGUGCGGUGGUCGGUGCUCAGGUGUUAAAAUACGUAAGCCAGAAAGCGGUUGUCCACGACGAAAUGUUGUUCAUCAAUUUUUGGUACGUGCUUAUUUUGGCCAACGACGUUUUCAUUAUUCUUGGGACGUGCUUCAAAUUCGUGUUGGAGUACAAGGUGUUUGACUCCGCUCUGCUGACGGCUACCGGCAUGCUGUUGGGCGUCGGCACGCUGUUCGUUUGGAUAGGCAUCUUGCGAUAUUUGGGUUUCUUCUCCCGUUAUAACAUAUUGAUCUUAACGCUGAACCGCUCGCUUCCGAACGUUUUGAGGUUCACGUUUUGCGCUGGACUGCUUUACUUUGGAUUUCUGUUCUGUGGCUAUGUCGUACUUGGUCCAUAUAACAUGAAGUUUCGUACACUCAUGAUGUCCUCUGAGUGUCUGUACUCGUUGAUCAACGGUGAUGACAUGUUCGCUACGUUUUCAACCACUUCCGACAAAAGCACGGCUGUUCUGUGGUUCUCGCGCAUCUACUUUUAUACAUUCAUAUCGUUGUUCAUUUACGUGGUGUUGUCGCUGUUCAUAUCGAUCCUGAUGGACUCGUACGAAAGCUUAAAGGUAAUCCUAAAGUUUAUUGACUUUCGUUCGCAUAAGUCGGAAUUCAGACGAACAUAA